AUGUGUCCAGGGCCCUCAGAAACGGACCGAACAACUUACGAAGAAGCACACAACGGAGCAGCUGCAUAUCUGCAAUCACGGCUCUCAGCAAAAAACGAAGAAGCAGACAAAGACUUUGAAAUACCAGUCAUCGAUCUCGAACCCUCAUUCUCUGACUCCCUUUCCGACCGCCAGAAAGUCGCAGACCAAAUACGCAAAGCAUGCACAACAUCCGGCUUCUUCUACAUUACCAACCACCGAAUCCCAAAGUCGGCUUGCGACGGCAUCUUGCACCAAGCCGAGCGUUUCAUGAAAGAGCUGCCACUUGAAAAGAAAGAAGAGUUGCAUUUGAAGAACAAUAAAUUCGGAUUAGGCUGGGAGCCCAGCGAGUAUACAUCCAUCGCCGGCGACAAGGAAGAAAAGGAAGUCUUCAACUUCGCAUACGAAGCCAACCUCGAUCCCACCGGCGGCGACGGCCAAUACAAAAAUCUCGAUGGAUCAACUGGUAACGCAAACAUGUGGCCAAAAGAAGAAGAUUUACCCGGAUUCUACGCCGAAAUAAAAGAAUACUACGGCAAUGUCCUAAACCUAUCCCGCCACCUCUUCCGCCUCUUCGCCCUCUCCCUCUCCCUCCCAGAAACCCACUUCGACCCCCUAACCACGCACCCCGGCGGCAUCGCCCGCCUCCUCUACUACCCUCCUCCUUCCUCCCUCUCCCUUACCCCCACAUCUCCAGACUCUCAAAUCGGCCUAGGCGCCCACUCCGACUACGAAUGCUUCACCCUGCUCCUCCCCUCCUGCACCCCCGGUCUCGAAAUCCUCAAGCCAAGUGGUUCUUGGUACAUCGCUCCGUACCUCCCCGACACCCUCAUAGUCAAUGUUGCGGACUUUUUGAUGAGGUGGACGAAUGGCAUGUAUAAGAGUACGGUGCAUAGAGUGGUUAAUAGGACGAGAGAGGAGAGGUAUAGUGUGCCGUUUUUCUUUUCGGUUAAUUAUGAUGCUGUUGUUGAGACGUUGCCGGGGUGUGUGGGGGAGGGGGAGGUGCCGAGGUGGAGGCCGAUUAGGGCGGGGGAGUAUAUUUUGGAGAGAUUGAAUGCUACGACUGCUUAUGGGAAGGGGUUUCAGGUUUGA